AUGAGACUUGCUUUGGUGCUAACAUUGACAUUACUCCAUACACGUUUUCUGAAGCCAAUCCGAGUUUUCGAGUUUGUAAGUUCGGAUGAAAACCUUUAUGUGAUGGUAUACCGGUCACAAAGUUAUGACAAUAUUCAAAAACAAGAUAUUUACAAACUGAAUUGGGUGCCUCUUGAAAAGACAAUAGAAGAAUGUGCAUUCUUUCAUAGUUACAUGAGGCAAAGUGGUGCUCCUAUUAAACUAGAGUCAUGGGUUGCCCCAUCGUCCCAAUACUGGAGAUUUGUUGACAGUGAUAAUCUUGGAAAAGGCAGGUUGUUUGUUGCAAAAGACAUGUGCUGCUUUCCUCAUGAUUUUCUGACUGCAAAUAUCUUACAUGAGUAA